AUGAAGCUGGUAACUGUAUUUCUGCUGGUGAGUGUCAGCAUUUGCAUUUAUUCUGCUACCGCCUUCCUUACCAACAGUUUGCCAGAUGCUGUCAACAAAGUCUUACUUUUACCUGUGGACAACAUUCACCCCUUUAUGGAUCCAUUAAAGCUUCUUCUGAACACUCUGGGCAUUUCUAUUGAGCACCUUGUGGAAGGGCUAAGAAAGUGUGUGAAUGAGCUGGGACCAGAGGCCUCUGAGGCAGUGAAGAAACUGCUGGAGGCGCUGUCGCCUUUGGUGUGA